AGUGCGUUUCUUUUGGAGCUUUUGUACUGCAUUACACAAUUGCUCGGCACGGUCGCAAUCGAGAAAUAGCAUUUGUUCUACAGCUUUUCGACGUCGUAUUACCACGACACACUCUGAAAAACAUACGAAUUUUCAUCAUGUCGGUGCCCGGAGCCAGCAACAGCCGCGCGGAACCUUUGCUAGAGCAGAAGAAGCAGUACGAAAAAACCGACUUGUGGAGUCUGUACCUUUUGACCAGUUCUCAUUUUCUGACCAACGUUGGGUGGCAAGCAUGGCAGUUUGUGGUUCCGUUGUACCUGUUGAGCUUUUCGGCGGACGACAGCUCGAUCGAGUAUGCAGCCGUCUACGGGCUGGUGGUGAUGUUGAGCACGUUCGUGCUGUCGCCUCGCUCGGGGGCUUGGGCGGACCGACUGGGGCCGGACUACCGGAUGCAGAUCGUCAGUGUCGGCAUUCUCGUGCAAGUAGUGGGACUGUGCAUGGGACUAGCGGUCAUCCUGGUCCGUUCCGACAUUGUUGUUGUGGAGGGAUCAAACGAGUCGCUGGAACUGUUCGUGUGCGCCUACGCCUGUCUCUGCCUGGGCGGAAUUCUUGAAAAGGCAGGCAAUGUUUUGACUCUGAAUGCAGUGAAAAAGGACUGGGUUCCGUGGCUCUUCCGCGACGCCGAUCCCAAGGCGCUUUCCCUAGCCAACAGCUUCGUGAGUCGCGCCGACCUUCUCGCGGAGAUGCUGGGCCCUUUACUCGCGGCGGGGCUCUGCACCGUAGCUGCCUCCUACUUUUGCACGCAAGCCAUUGCCGACGAGGAGCGGGAGGAUCAGGCGAAGAACAUUCACGCCAGUACCGCCACCGCCUACACCUGCGGAGCGGCUAUACUCCUGGUCGGCGUGCUGAACCUGCUCUCCUUCGUGCCCCAGUGGCUGUUACUGCAAGUCGUCUGGACCCGCGCCAGCAGUCGGGAAGCUGCGGCCGAACUGGUGGAUGAGGACGAGGACACGGAAGUAGAACGCCGGAGCGAUGUUGUAGUACAGCGGAGCGGCAGUGCCGGGUUGAAAAAAUCGGCUUCGAAAUCUUCGCGGCGCAGUAACGAAAACGACGGCAGAUCCGCGUGGACGGUUUUCUUGCAACAGGAAGACGAAAAGUACUGGCUGACAAUUUGCUACGCACUCCUCUGGUUCAACGCCCUCUCUCCCCACGGCGUGGUGCUCACCGCCUACCUUGCGGCGAGCGGAUUGGACCCCGUCACGCUGUCCUGGUUUCGCGCAGCAGGUGCGGGCGUGGGGGCAGUUUCGGUGUUCUGUUUUCGCUACUUCCGGUCGCAGCUCGGGGUGGAGCGAGCUUCCGCCUACCAUUUGUGGCUGCUCACCGUUUGUGUAAUUGCAGCGGUAAGUAGUGUGGUGUGGCAAAAAAUGAUGUCCACGAGUAGCAGCAGCGAAACAGAGGAUGACUACAAUGGUCCCGCCACCGGCGGUGGAAUAACAGCAAGACCUUCGUCCUCCGGGGCCGCCACGUCGUCCUGGUUGGUUUUCCUGGUUUGUGUCGUGAUUUCCAGAAUAGGCCUCUACGGCUUCGAAUUGGGCGACAUGGAGCUUAUCACGAGAAAAAAGUGUUACAGUUACACAUUUGUUGGAGUUUCUGCAUCACAAAUUUUCUCUGUGUGGCAGAGAAAACUUGUAAUGCGAAGAUCAUAAGGGAUAGGGAAAACAGGAAGGAAACGAGGCUCCCAAGCAUUUCCUCCAUGAGAAAGGUUGUCUCUGUUGCCAGUCUUGCAUCACAAUGUGUAACUGUAACACUUUUUUCUUGCGAUAGAGCUGUCUCAACUUUUAGUGGCUCCGGACGUUCGCUUGCGUGUGGCCAGCGUGGAGUCGGCAUUGUGCACCACCGGGACGAGCUUCAUCUACGUGAUGGGAAUUUUCUUCUCCACUUCCACCACUUUCGUCUACCAACUGAGCACCAGCGCGAUGGCGGUCGCACUAAGUACAGUUUUGUUCGAGCGGUACCGCCGAACCUACAAGCUGGAGGAUGCGUGACGUCCUUCUAGGUUCGGAUCAAAUAUCUUUGACCACACACCAUGCCCCUGUGGACAGGAAAUCGAUGCGAAUGUGCAGCUUUUCCAGGAUUCACGGAAGAUCAUGGCGCAUUGUUAAGGCCAUAAAUGUGAAAAUGAAUCAAUCCAAUUGAUACGUGGUAAUGCGUGCCGAACGCAAAGCAAUGAAAGCUGCAAUCACGACAGUUUCAC